UCAUGUCAUCGCCCGAGACGAGUUCCCGCGCGAGCCCUAAGCGGCGCCCGCCGCCCCCGCCGGUGCCCUCGGGGUCCCCUGUGCGACACCCGCGCUCCUUCAAGCUCCGCUUCGCGGCCCAACACGUACCGGGACACUCGUACCAGUCGGCUGUUCGCCCGCUAAAACUACGUAAGCUCAUUAAUAUUAUGCGAGCAUUCUCGAAGGGUUUGGCCAAUGUCUAUCAUGUUAUCAAAGGAGCCGAGUUCCGAGCCAUGUCAUCGCCCAACACAAGUUCCCGAAAAAAAAUCGCUAUUUUUUCAGCGGCUCUGGUGACAGACAAGUUUUGGCGUCGCGCAGGCCGCGAGGAAACCAUUGACGCGGAGUCUGAAGAGCGGGCGAUGAACAAAGUGCGAGACAUGUUCGAGCUGGGGCCGAGGGAUAAACACGACAGGCCUGUGCAAUCUUCGCACGAGUACGGAUGGUGGGAGGCGUACGCCCCUCAAAUCUGGGCGGCUCCUCGGAAUGACCGGCGGUUACAUCAUGGCGUGAGGGACUCCGCGUGGCUCAAGCUACGCGCUCGGGAGCUGGUGGAGCCACCACAACGGCAACGAUAAU